GAAAAUCGCUAACAUGGGUGGCAUGAAAGCAUGAAAGAUCGAAACAGAUGAACGAACACACGCUAAUGAGACGCCGAUGGGGGUGUGGGGGGUAAAGGCAGACUUUUUCAUCCGGGGAACAGCACGACCUCACGGAGGCGAGUUUGCGGUCCGUGCGCCGCUCUGACCGGACAGCCGUGCUCGGCCGCGCGGCAGCUGCUACGAUGUGCGUCCGCCGCUCCACGAAGCUCCGCCGGGGAAGUGAGCCGUUCGCCGGAUGAUGGACAGAAACUACCCGAGCUCCAGCUUCGCGGACGCCCUGGCUCCGGCAGGACAGCUCGCAGGUUCUUGGGCCUAUGACCGCGGCUCGGCUACCGUCAAGCCGAGUUCCAGUUAUGGUGCAGCACAGCUUGAUACAGGGCUCCUUCAGCGGCAGAGCUUCACUUCAAUACAGCAGCUCCCCACUUACACUACAGCACAUCUUCCUGCUGCCACAGGAGCACUUGACCCAAAUACUAAUACUUCAGAGACCUCAAUCAUCAGCUUCCUUUCAGCAAUAGAAUCAAGAAGUCCUGUUAGUGCCUCACUUGUUCCUCCUUUUAGACCGCCACCAUGGACUGCAGGUACCAACUCUUCUACCACGGAGCUAUAUCUGACUGGUGCUUUGCCUUCUACUGCCACAUUUCCUUCUCCAGCUGCCCUGUCAAGCUAUCAACACACCGGCCCUUAUACUUGCAGGAGUUAUUCUGCCAACUCUUCUCUCGCUCAUCAAGAUCCAGCCCUAAGCACUUCACCCAAUGGACUCAUGUCUCAACAUGACCCACUCCUCCAACUCAAACCGAGCCAAACUGUUCUUCCAGCUGCCCUGGCCUUCAACCUUUCAGGACCCAUUUUGGGCUCAACUCUCCCAGUCCAGUCCUCCACUUACCGCUCAGCUCAGGAGUCAGCCCCGCACCUUCUACAACCACAGUUUAGCCUUUUGCCAUCAGCCUCGCCUGCCCCGCAUGGUGCCUCACAAUCCUAUGGGGCCACUGUUUUCUCAAGCUCUGUUGAGAGAGCACUGCAGCGAGAAUGUAGUGUGAUCAAACACCACCAGAGGCCUUCUACUACCCACACACCUUCAGAGCAAGUACCCAAUUCUGAUAACUCCUUACAGGGGUACUAUGGCUCUGGUAGUGAGGGAGGUAUGUGCUACCGACAAGACAGAUCCCGUGAGAACCCAGAAUCUUCCACAGAAAAAGAUUCAUCUCAUCGGGUCAAUGGUGCCCUACAACACAAAGCAGAUUCAGUUACUCAAAGCUAUUCAUGCACCACUGAGCCGACCGUAAAAGAGUAUUGCUCGAAAUUUGCUUCUGCUGGCCAUGAAGAGGGUCACGGCCUUUCUCAGAACUUAGCAUCUCAGUCGCCGAAGCAUUAUUCCUCUUCUGAGCAAAAGGAGAACUCUGUAAUUGCCAACCAACUAUCCGGCCUUCUCUCCAGUACUCUUUCCCAAAACUACAUCACAACAAAUACCCAGUCACAGACCUCUCAUUCCUCAUCAGGGAAUUUGUCUUCCCUAUACAAGACACUUCCUUCCCUCUCCAGUCUGUCUGGCAGUGGGGCAUCUGUCAGUCAGGCUCUUGUAUACUCCUCCAGUCCAGGGUUGAGCCAAGAACAGUAUGGUGUCCAGGUUGAGGGUUUGUGUCAGGGGACUCUCUCAGAGAGCUAUUCCUCGUCUCAUUCUUUGACUGACCCAAAUAUGGUUUAUAAGUCGGAGUCAAAGGAGCUGGCUUCAGUGACUCAGUCUCAGCGGUAUCCCACAGUACAAUCCAUGAACUCUUCUUACCAACCCACCUGUGGACAGGAUUUAUCCAUUCCCGCACCAAUUCAUACCAUGAUGCAAGGCUCUGUAGGAAUGAAAACACAUCCUGUUGUCAUUUCCCAGCAAGCAACAGUGCAGUCUAAACAUAUUUACGAGACUGUGUCUUCAACAUACCUGUCAACUACCGAAGCUUUGAAUAAUCCUAUAAACUCAUCAGUAAAAGACAUAAAGCCAACAUAUGACAAACCGACAUUUGAAGAACGUCCUAUGCAGGAGCUACAGGUUCUCCAACAGGUAUCCAUGGAGGGUUCUGUUGCAAACGGCACCACAGCAGCUCAAAACAACGUAAUCUAUAUCGUUUCAAAAAUGGAUGACCUCCACAAAACGCAAAGUGUCAUCCGAGAUACUUCUCACUCGGAUGACCAUCUUAAACAACUGAACGCAGCACAAGUCAGUGAUGAAAGGAUGAGCUCUCAAAGUCAACAGCACAGUCACUUCAGUGGUGCCAAUGGGCAGGAAAAUGUCAAUUCAAAAACAACCAACCCCAGUAUUACAUCUUCACAUGUACUACUUAGCCCAGAACCAGUUAAGCACCACCCUGUCCUCAUUAAAUCAUCGGAGGCACAGCAAAACCACCAAGACCACACCCAGUUUAUCACGGUCUCAAGUGGUCAGGUUCUCCUGGAGCCUAAUCAGAUGAUUUUCCUUCAGCAGCCCUUCGUGCACAAUGCCCAAGUGCCUUCAAAAGUGGUGUCAGUACAGGGUCUUCAGUCGGCUCAAGGCUUGGGCCCUGUUAAUAUUCAGUAUCUUCAGAUGGAUUGCAACAUGCAAUGUCCCACUGUCUCUGAAAGCCAAAGUCAGCAGCCUGGAGUUGUGCCUGAGCAGAGCACAGGAUGCUCUGACUCUUCUAAAGACCACUACAGCCAGUCAGCUAUUCACCAGUCAAAUAAUGCUAAGAACCACUUUGCCCUUAACUCUCUCUGCUUCUCAGACUCCAUGUUACUUGGAGAUGACAGAAAUAUUUUAUCAAAUGUUGCCGAUAUCUUGGCUGCUACUGUGGCUGCUUGUGGUGUCACGCCACAAGACUUGGUCAAAAGUACAUCGUCCACAGAGGUUCAAAUGGCAGCGAUGCAAAGUCCCGUCGAUGCCAAGAAUAAUUUUCAGACGGUGGAUAUAAUGCAAAUGUCACCUAGUUUCUCAACGGCUCAACCGACGCGCAUCACAGACACUAACUCUCAGUCUGUGCCCAUGACACCAAACGGAACACACAUCUCUACAGACCACCAGGGACAGUCCCUUUACCACAGCAACAGUUCCGAUGUUGACACAAAGGGGGAUGGAGACAGCUCUGAAAUAAGGCACUCAGCGGGGCAGAUUUAUGAUCCCUCAGGUUUCCAGAGCAGUGCCAAAGGUAAUGAAAAGUGCAUCAAAACUGAGAAUGACCUCACAGAAUGCCAAAUUGUUCAGGACUUUCCCAAAACGAAAGCCGGCUCAAAUACUUUGAAGAGGCCAGAGGCUUCUGGAGAUGACAGUGCACCACCUAAACCAGCCAAGCGUACUGGGCAAGCAAAACGACACGUCUCCAAGGGCGGCGACACCAGCCCAUCUCCUUCACAAAGCGUCUAUGACGGUUGUCCACAGCAGGAGAGAAUCAGGCAGAAGAUUCGGGAAGUGGAAGCCAAACAACCAGAAGUGAAAAAUGGCUUCAUUGGCUCAUUCCUGGACUUCAUAAAAUCUGGCCCCAAACAGCAGUACUCCCCCAGUCCUUCGAGAACUAUUAGUCGCCCCAAAAAGCCCGUUUCCUUGCCUAGACCACCACCACAGCCAUGUGUUUUGUCCCCCAAAAUUCUGACUCUUUCGGGUUCUCUGAUUUCCCAGCAGAGUCAGGUAGUGAGCUUUCAGCACAAACAUCUGAAUGAAGAGCUACAAAAGAACCUGGAAACACUGCCGUCGUUUAGCUCUGAUGAAGAAGAGAACACGGGAAAAAACCAGGCGCUGAGGAACAGCAUCAGCUCAGUGCUCUCUGCUCUGGAUGAACCUUCAGAACGGAAAGCCAAGCCAGAUAACCACAUCCCCAGUAUGGUGCUAAAACCAGUCCAAGUUCCCUCCAUGCCACUGACCAUCACAGAGACUUGCUUGCAACUAAUAUCGACCGCUGCUCAAACGCCCACCACAGUCGCCAUAGUGGCCCCAUCUGUGACCAGCCAGGAGCCAAAAGCAGCGCCGCCCGGCCAGCUCGCUGUGCAGUUAGCGAGCGUAGCCAUCGAGGGACUGACUGACGAGGAGCUGUCGGACAGCGGAGGGGAAGGAAUGUACCGGGAAAGAGACGAGUUUGUUGUGAGGAAUGAUGAUAUUGAAACCUUGAAGGGGACAAUGCGUGCAGGAAGUGAGCCUCCUGCAAUCUGGAAAGUCCAGAAGGCUUUGCUACAGAAAUUUGUGCCAGAGUUAAGAGAUGGGAAGCGUGUGUUCUCUGCUACUAACAGUUAUCUUGGCUACUUUGGCGACGCUAAGACCAUGUACCAAAGGGUCUAUGUGAAAUUUCUGGACACAGUCAACAAAAGGGAGUACGUCCGGGUGUGCAGUCAGAAGCCACGCUGCAAGCCCAUGAACUCACUAAGAGGUAUUCAGGUGAAGACUUUGCUGGGCUACACGGCCGGCCCAUUCCCGCCAUCUCCAUGUCAAAAGCCUCGUCCCAAACCCGCUAAGGCAAGAGCAGAGCCCCCGCCUAAGAAGAGGAGAAAAUGGAAAGAGGCGUUGUCACCCGCUGCCUCGGGAUCAUCCGCAGAAGAAGAUGAGUUGAACCCUCCUGUGCCUUUUGCAACACGACUUCUCAACACACGAACCAUGAAGGAGACUUUCAGGAGCUUUGUGGAACUGCUCGUCAGCGUUGCCCUUGACGAAGAUGUCAUGACGGAACUUGAGCGAGCUAAUGAUGAGUUGCUGCUGCCGCACAUGAGGAGAAUGGAGGGCUUGAUCACUGACAACAGGAAACGCUUGCUUCACAAACUGCACAUUGGACAAGUCCUCAAGACGGCAUUGGAUAACUUCCCAGAAAUCUUGGUGGUCACGGAGCUGACCAACGACGGGGAAACACCCGCCUUUAAAGUGCGUCUUGGCGGGACGACAUACAACAAGAAGACCAUGAAGCCUUACAAGAUGCCGAACAAAGUUCCGCAGGAGUACACGGUGGACCAAGAGAAAACCCAGUGGUUCUCCCUUUAUCACUCUCUACAACACUACAAGUACCACACAUACCUCAUGUGUAAGGACGAGAUCGCCACGCAGCGGGCGCAGGCGGGCGAGCUGGGGCAGGAGGAAACCGUACAGAAGUGCCUGCGGAACGGUGCCUGGCUGGAGGGGCUCUUUGAUCGCUUCGGGGAGCUGAUCCAUCAAGUGCAGCGGGCCUGCCAGUGAACAGCCCUCGGAUUGCAAAAACACUACAAAACCUCCGUCAUUUGUCCUUCCUAGCAAUACAUCGCCAGUGAGACAAAGGCACAGUAUGCAAAUGAGGUCUUAAUAAGAGGAGUAAUUGUAUUAAGAUAGGACAAGGGCUUUAUUUUCGGGAGGUAUUUCCUCAAUAAGCUCCUCCAUGUCUGUAGAUGAAUAGUUUCUAUUUUUUUAGCGAGGUUACUUACUACUAUUGGUCGCUAGAUGGCGGUAGAAAUGAGAUGGCUAACAUCUAACAAACAUUUCAAUAAGUAGGUUUGAAAAAAUAAAGAAUGCCUGUUGAUUGAAAUAAAAUUACGUAUUUAACCUUAGAUAUAUACAGUUUGUACAACAUCCCUCUUUGUGCCAAUUCACGUGGUUCGUCGUGUUAUAUAGUGUACAUUUUGUAUAAAAAAAUAAAAAUAAAAGCCAAUGGGAGUAUUGCUAAUGAAAUACUGUAUCUACUGUACGGUGCAACUUUUUGCUUUUGAGACAUUUUUUUAUGAAUAUUGUUAUUCUGAGGGUAAAAUAAAGCUGUCUUUAUACUCCUUUGCAUAGCUCACAUUUGAAUGAUUGAAAGAUGCAUAUUUUUUGCAGUUUUUUUUUAUUGUUAUUGAUCAUUUUCAAGGUCACUUCAUAGCUAUCAAGCAUUCUUGGUCCUCAAGAUUAUUGUAAAUAAAGUGCCACAUUUAUGUUUUUA